AUACUAAUGAAUAAACACAUAAGAAACCCCCUCUGUGUUCAUGAAAACCAUAUACGGAGUUUAUAAAAUACCGUUAAUGGGAGAGAAAAUAAGUCUUCAUAAUAAAUUAUCUGUUGAUUGUUAUUAUUCACCUGCAAAGUAUAUGGUAUAAAUACAGUGUAAUAAAGUUCAGCAGAGUAGACUUGCCUAAUCAGCAAACUGUAAAUUCGAUACGUGUGGGUUGUCCAUACUUAUUGUUGCAUUUUCCUCAUGCGAUAGCAGUUUGAGUUUUGAAGUGUUUUGAAUCAGCAAUGAACCUCUACAGUUGCCGUAGCCAAACGUCACUUAGGAGCGAAAGUUUUCAAAUGGAAGACAUGAGAGUUGAAGAUUUCCCCCCCUCAUUACGGUCUAAACUUACAGUCUAGCGAUUUUUGAGUAAAGAGUUUGAUGAUAUUUUCACCUUUCUGUAAAUAUGGAAGGCUUGGAAAUGUCCGCAAUGAUACCUGCAUUGCAGGAGCUGGCGAGUGCCACCGCGGAUGAAUAUAACCAGGUGGUUCAGAAGCCUCGUCAGAUUCUCUGUCAGUUCAUUGACAGAAUAUUGACAGACGUAGAUGUCGUUGCAUUGGAGCUGUCUAAGAGGUCUAGUUCAGAGCCAGCUUGUGUGAUGCUAUUGGACUUUGUUCAGCACAUUGUGAAGUCUUCAUCACUGAUGUUUGUGAACCCUGCCUGUCAGCUGGUGCAUUACACAGAGACACAGCAGAGCAGCACCGAAUUCAGUAGGUGGGUAGUUGGCAGGUUGCUCCGUGUUGCAGCGUCCCCGGACUGUGAUGUCAUCCAUGGGCGUGUCUCAUCCGUGCUUUGUUCCCUGCUGCAUGCACUCAGGCCGCGUGCACCAUUCACUUUCAGCGUGGUCGUUAACGAUCUGCUUCAACUAGCCGAGGACCUCAGCAAUCUACUGUACACACACACGCACUCACACACCCCAGGAACACACACACACUCAACAGGCGCACAGAUAUUGUGGCCCGUAACUCUGCAGUGUUUCUCAGUCUCUUUGACCCCUCACCUUACAACAUCACCCCUCCUCCUUCCCUCGCCUGCUGCUAUGGAAGCUCUUGUUGCUGUGACGCUGAACGUACUUACCGAUGCCCUCAGGGGAUUGAGCAGCCCCAGGGAAGUGGGAGUGGCUUGGGAGGCGGGCUGUUUAAUCUUGGCCUAUGGGAGUGUGCGGCUAAAGAAGGUUGCUAUGCUGAUGAUAAGAAGGUUGGUGGAGAUUCGUGGGUUCAAGAAGAGGAGGAGUCAGGAGUUUUUUACCGCAUACCUGAUGCUGCUGGACACACACACACCUGAACCGGAGCCUUACGGGGGAGAGUUACUGAAGCUGACACAGUGUGUGUUUGGAACUGCACACACAACGGCUCCAACACACACGCACUUUGAACGUACCCACCUGGCCCAGCUGCUGGAACGCGUGUGCAUUCUGGCAGGAGCCGGGCUCACUCUGGGGUCAGAGGUCAGCCAAACACUGAGCUUUGUCUUUAGCUUCCUGUUGUGCGUUCCUCUGGGGUAUGAAAGCGCCCCGUUACUACGGCGACAGAGAGUUACUGACGUCUGCCGAACCCUGGCACUUUCCAUCGGGACGGAGAAACAGUCUGAGUGUGUUCAGGGGUUUGUCUACGCUGCCAUGAAGGCGGAGGCUGCCGUGGCCAUCCGAGAGAGGGAUGAUGGAGAGACUGCUGCUAAGCGACCCUGUCGACCGAUCAACCCCCUGACCACCAAGAUAGCCAAAACUCCCCUGAUGGAAAUAGACAUGCGUGUUAAUGAGGUCUGGGCGGCAGUUAGUGACCGGUUGGAGGACCUUUUGACCUCCCUGGUGACCUGUAACCUUGACCUGACCAUCCCUCAACCUAAUGCUGACCAUCAGAUGACCAUGAGAGCUCUGGAAGGACUAUCUAACAUCCUGCACCUGGCUGGCCUCUGCUACACAGAUACCAGCUCCUCUUAUGUCCUCUGGGUGUCGACCUCCACUCUGAGCAGGGCUUUGGAAACUUGUCAAUCACUACUGGGCAGGGCUAAGUCUACUGACGACCUCACCCACUUAAAGCCUGCUGUCCAGUUGGCUGUCAGAAUACUGGACUCUGUCAUUUAUAUGACCAUGAGCAGCCGGGCAGAGGACACUGGUCUCCAGACGAGUGUGUGUGCAUUGCUUUCUCUGCCGUGGGUGUGUGAGCUGUCGUCGGUCCCAGCCUAUCAGAAGACAGGAUUCCCACCCAGCCUUCUCGACCUAUCGAAGAGACUAGCUACGUGCUUCACCCCCCAGGUCCGUGCGGAGUGUGUGUUCCUGCUGUCUCUGCUGCGUGGGAAUGUGUGUGAGUCGUGGCGUGUGUGUGUGUUUUCCCGAGCGCUGGAGAGUGAGCACGAAGUGGUCAGGGCCAGCGCUGUCAGAAGCUUCCCACUACUUCUCCAUUACCUGGGACACACACACCACAACUUAACACAGAGCACCUUAAUGCGUAUUCUAGAGGACACCUCAGAGCAGGUGAGGGCGGAGCUAGCUAGUAUUUCUGGUCACCUGACCUGUGUCCUAUCAGGGACCUCCAAAAUAACUGUCAACCACGCAGAGCCUCUUCCGCUGCCUACAAUCCUCUGCUCUCGCCUUGGCCUGGUAGCUGAGCACAUUGAGAAGCCCACUCCUAUUGGAGCAUCCAUCAUCAAGCCCCUCCUCCCUCUGCUCCAGUCGAGCUGCAGCAGUUCCGCCAAAAGAGCAUUCCUAGAGUCUCUACCCCACCUCUGCCAGCACAUCAGCCUUGGAGGUGGAGACCCUGACACUCUAGCCAUUCUGAGAGGUCUCAUUGGUCUAGUGGAAGACCCUGACCCGUCAGUCAGAGCACUGUUCAGCCAGUCAGUUCGCUUCUUGCUAGCAGAGCCCGCUGCCGACUCCGACCAGGGACCAAUCAGCGAGCUGCUGCUGUCCCGCGUGACGGAGGCGUUCACAAAUGCCAAAGUCAGCCGAGAUGAUGAGUUGCGCCACACACUCAUACUUACCACUGGAGAGAUUGGAAGGGCCGCUAAAGACAACCUGGUUUCAUUCUCUCUCCUGAGGUUGCUCCACUGUCUCCUGUCCAAGUCCUCUCCUGUCUCUGUGUCGGCCUACUCCCAGAUCACUGCCCUGGCUGCGGCUAAAGGGCUAAAACUGCAAACACUGUUCAGCCAGUACAAGAACCCUGUCUGUCAGUUCCUGGUGGAGUCUCUCCACUCGCGUCACGUCAACGCCCUGCGGAGCACGCCGGAGCAAGGCAGCCAGCUAGCCAAUCAGAGGGAAGUAGCACUGGACAUUCUGUCUCAGGUCGCCCACGCUUUUGACUUCCCUGACCUGCACCGCUUCCUCUCGCGGACUCUCCAGGUUCUCCUUCCUUAUCUGGCUGCAAAGGCCAGCGCCACAAGCUCCGCCCUCAUCCGGACGCUUGCCAAUGAGAUGAAAGCGAACCGGCGGGAGAUCCUUAUCAACAACUUUAAGUAUAUCUUCAGCCACCUGGUGUGCUCCUGCACAAAGGAGGAGCUGGAGAGGGCCUUUCACUACCUCCAGAGUGAGACAGAGAUUGAGCUGGGAUCUCUGCUGAGGCAGGACUUCCAGGGCCUGCACAAUGAACUGCUGCUACGCCUGGGAGGAAACUAUCAACAGGUGUUUAAUGGUUUGGCCAUCCUGGCCUCCUUUGCCUCCAACGACGACCCGUACCAAGGACCCCGUGACAUCACCACCCCGGAACACAUGGCGGACUACCUGCAGCCGAAGCUCCUGGGCCUCCUGGCGUUCUUCAACAUGCAGCUGUUGAGCUCCAGCGCUGGGGAGAAGGAGCGGAAGAAGAUGGCCCUGACCAGCCUGAUGGCCCUGAUGAAGCUGAUGGGCUCUAAACACACCAGCUCUGUCCGGGUCAAGAUGAUGACCACACUACGGACCGGACUGCGAUACCGCGAAGACUUCCCCAUGCUCUGCUGCCAGACGUGGGAGUGCUUUGUGCGGACCGUAGAGCCCGCCCACCUAGGCCCGCUGCUCAGUCAUGUGAUUGUGGCGCUUCUUCCCCUGAUUCCGCUCCAGCCCAAAGAGACUGCUGCUAUCAUACGUUACCUCAUACUGGACAACAGGGAAGAAGUACAGGAUUAUCUCCAUGAGAUCUACUUCCUGCCGGACCACCCUGAGCUGAAAGACAUACACACCAUCCUGCAGGACUACAAGAAGUUGACCUCUAGGACCUGUGACCUGACCGCCACGCUGCAGCUCUCCAUGAGGGCCGUCCAGCAUGAGAACGUGGAUGUCCGGGUUCACGCCCUAACCAGCCUCCGGGACAUGAUGCACAGCAACCAGGAGUGGUUGCUGAGACAGGUGUGCGCGUCGGAGGCGGUGGAGCCCGUCAUCUCGUCGCUGGUGUCGGUGUUGCUGCGCGGCUGUCAGGACUCGUCUCCCACUGCCCGGCUGCUGUGUGGGGAGUGUCUGGGGGAGCUGGGGGCCGUGGACCCGGGAAGACUGGACCUCUCCAGCACACACACGCACGGCAGCAGUAACACCUUUGUGAGUGGGGUGGAGGACAGCAACUUUGCCUAUGAGCUGCUGACAGAGCUCACCAGGACUUUCUUGGCGUACGCUGAUGAUGUCAGAGCCCAAGACUCCGCCGCCUAUGCCAUGCAGGAACUGCUCUCUGUGUUUGACUGCCGUGAGGGGCGUGUCGACUCCCCGGGCCGCCGGCUGUGGAGGAGGUUCCCUGAACAAGUCCAAGAGAUUCUGGAGCCUCACCUCAAUAGCAGGUAUAAAAGCAGUCAGAAGGUGGUGAACUGGUCCAAGGUCAAGAAGCCCAUCUAUCUCAGCAGCCGAGGAACCAAGUUCUCUGAUUGGUCCGCAACCUGGGCUGGAUACCUCAUCAGCAAGGUGAGACAUGAGUUGGCCAGCAGGGUGUUCACCUGUUGCAGUUUCAUCGUCAAACACGACUACAAAGUCACCAUCUACCUGCUUCCCCACGUCCUGCUUUACAUGUUGCUGGGCUGCACUGCUGCUGAACAAAAAGAGGUAACGGACGAGAUGCUUGCUGUGCUCACAGAGGGCGAUGGGUGUGGCGGGCGCGUCCAAGAGGCUGCGUCCAACCUAUCGCAGCUCAGCACUCAGAACCAGGAAGCCACUUCCAGCCUAUCACAGCUGAGCACCCAGACCGUGUUCAGUAUGCUAGCCCACCUCACCCAGUGGAGCCGACACACACUGUCGUCCAGAGCCAAACAGAGCGAGAGCGGUGACUACCAGCGAGUGGUAGCGUUUCUAAAAGGCAUCCCUCAAGAUGUUCUGGCUAAGGCCUCCCUACGGUCCAAAGCCUAUACCAGAGCCCUGAUGCACUUUGAAGCCUACAUACUGGAGAACAACGAGAACAUUCAGGAUCAUCUGUCCUUCCUACAGACACUCUAUGCUGCCAUGCACGAACCGGACGGCGUGAGGGGCGUGAAUGCUCUCCGGCGGGAGGAGCCGUCGCUACGGGAACAGAUCCUAGAACACGAGAGCAUCGGGUUGCUUAGAGACGCCACGGCCUGCUACGACAGGGCCAUACAGCUGGAGUCAGACCAGAUUGGUCACUACCACGGGGUGAUGAGUUCUAUGCUGGGUCUUGGGCAGCUUUCAACUGUCAUCACACAGGUCAAUGGCGUCCUGGCCAACAGGCCACAGUGGAAGUCAGAUCUGAACACGUACAGGGUGGAAGCUGCCUGGAAGCUCAGCAAGUGGGACCUUCUGGAGGACUACCUGGGCUCGGACCGGAAGUCCAGCACGUGGGGAGUGAGACUGGGCCAGACGCUGCUGGCCGCGAAGCGGAACGACGCCGACACCUUCUACCAAAAACUCAAGCUGGUCAGGACAGAACAGGUGGUGCCUCUAGCUGCUGCCAGCUACGAGACUGGCACCUACCAGAGAGGAUACGAAUAUAUAGUCAGGCUCCACAUGUUGCGUGAGCUGGAGCAUGCCUUUACUGACCUCCAGAGACAGAGAAAAUGCCACACCCCCAGUCCGGCCACCUUGCCCCCCGAUUGGCCCGAUCGGCUGGAGAUGACCCAGAAUUCUUUCCGCGCCAAAGAGCCUAUCCUGGCUCUGCGUCGUGCACUUCUAAGUCUCAACUCAGGUGAGUGCGAGGGGUUGGUUGGAGAGUGCUGGUUGCAGAGUGCCCGUGUGGCCAGGAAGGCUGGACAUCACCAAACAGCCUUCAACGCCCUGCUAAACGCCCAGAACACUCACACCGCCGAGCUGCUGACAGAGAAGGCCAAGUGGCUCUGGUCUAAGGGAGAUGUCCACCAGGCCUUGAUUGUCCUCCAGAAGGGAGUGACUCAGUGUUUCCCUGACGACCAGCCUCUAUCUGACCAGAGGAGCAUUCAGACCAAAGGUAAAGCCAUGCUACUGGUCGGACGCUUCAUGGAGGAGACAGCCAACUUUGAGUCCAACGCCAUCAUGAAAGCCUACAAGGAUGUGACCACCCUGCUUCCAGAAUGGGAGGACGGCAACUUCUACCUGGCUAAAUACUACGACAAGGUGAUGCCCAUGGUGACGGACAACAAGCUGGAGAAGCAAGGCAACCUGAUACGAUACAUCGUCACCUACUUUGGAAAAGCACUGCAGUUUGGGAACCAGUACAUCUAUCAGGCCAUGCCUCGGAUGUUGUCUCUCUGGCUGGACUUUGGGGCCAAAGUGUACGAGUGUGAGAAAGCGGGGCGGGCAGACCGCCAGAUGCGCUUGGAGCUGGGGAAGAUCAACCAGGUGGUGAACGACCACGGCGUUAGCCUGGCUCCGUACCAGUUCCUCACGGCCUUCUCCCAGCUCAUCUCCAGGGUGUGUCACAGCAGCGACGAGGUCUUCAGCGUCCUCAUGGCCAUCGUGGCCAAGGUGCUUCUGGCCUACCCUCAGCAGGCCAUGUGGCUGAUGACGGCCGUGUCCAAGUCAUCCUACCCCACUCGUAUCAACCGCUGUAAAGACAUUCUGAGGAAGGCCGUGAGUAUGAAGGAGAGCCUGGGCAAGUUCAUAGGAGACACCAACCGACUGACCGACAAACUGCUAGAACUCUGCAACAAGCCGGUGGAUGGGAACAGCAGUACUCUGAGUAUGGGGGUUCAUUUCAAGCAGUUGAAGCGCCUGGUUGAAGAGCCGUCGUUCAGCCAGAUCCUGAUCCCUCUGCAGUCUGUCCUCAUCCCCACGCUGCCCUCUACUGGCCCUGCUAACACACUGCACCACGACGCCUUUCCCGGACACUGGGCCUACCUCGACGGCUUUGAGGAUAGUGUGGAGAUUCUGGCCUCGCUCCAGAAGCCUAAAAAGAUUGGCCUGAAAGGGAGCGAUGGAAGGAGUUACACAAUGAUGUGCAAACCGAAAGACGAUCUCCGGAAAGACUGUCGCCUCAUGGAGUUCAACUGCCUCAUCAACAAGUGCCUGCGUAAAGAUGCCGAGUCCAGGAGGAGGGAGCUUCAUAUCCGUACGUACGCUGUGAUCCCUCUGAACGAAGAGUGUGGCAUCAUCGAGUGGGUGAACAACACCGGAGGCCUCCGCCACAUACUGACCAAACUAUACAAGGAGAGAGGUAUCAUGCUGUCCGGCAAGGAGUUGAGGAAGUUCAUCCUUCCUAAGACUGCGCCGUUUGAGGAGAAGCUGUCAGUUCAUAAGGACAUCCUCUGUCCCCGACACCCCCCUGUCUUCUACGAAUGGUUCCUCCGAACCUUCCCUGACCCCACCACAUGGUACAGCAGCAGGUCUGCUUACUGUCGCUCCACGGCUGUGAUGUCCAUGGUGGGCUACGUCCUGGGCCUUGGUGACCGCCACGGCGAGAACAUCCUGUUCGACUCACUGACCGGGGAGUGUGUUCACGUCGACUUCAACUGCCUCUUCAAUAAGGGGGAGACGUUUGAUGUUCCUGAGGUGGUGCCCUUCAGGCUGACCCAGAACAUGGUCCACGCUAUGGGUCCCAUGGGAACAGAGGGGCUGUUCAGAACCGCCUGUGAAGUCACCCUGCGCCUGAUGAGGGACCAGAGAGAACCACUCAUGAGUGUGUUGAAGACGUUCCUCCAUGACCCUCUGGUAGAGUGGAGCAAACCCAAAGGAUCGUCCAAGUCGCAGGCCAGCGAGACUGGAGAGAUAGUCAACGAGAAGGCCAAGACUCAUGUGUGUGAGAUUGAGCAGCGCCUGCAGGGGGUGGUAAAGAGUCAUAACAAGGUGUUGGGUCUUCCUCUGUCUAUCGAGGGACAUGUUCACUACCUCAUACAGGAGGCUACCGAUGACAAACUACUGUGCCAGAUGUACCUGGGCUGGGGCCCUUACCUAUAACACACACUCAUAGUACAACUGUCACAUUCUCCCUUUCUGGCACAGUGUGCUGCAUUCUAGGUUAUGUCAUGUUAUUAGUGUCAUUGUAAUGAUUUUUUAUGUUUUUGUGAAUGUCAUCUAAUUAUCUUUUGCUUUUCAUAGGGUAGUGGAUUAUUUUCCCUUAAUAAAAAUAUGAAUACUGUA